AUGUCCAAUCAUUGUACUAUUCACGGCACAUCAAAACAUAAGAUUCUCUAUCUAUUGGAUGGAAGUAACGCCAGACAGCUAACACUCAACUUGGCUAGAAUCAAGACAACGCUUGGAAAUAGGCUGGAGAUGGUCGGUCAAGUACUGGAUAAUGGCACGAUCGACAUUGUGGUUGGUUUUACGGUGUUUGAAAGCUUGUCAUUCGAUAGACUGAACGUGUACGAUCGGAUAGGAGCAUGCCUCAUGUUACCGAAGAACCUCCAACGUAACUUUAUCUACCACCUUACCCACCCGUUCGAGCUCGAAACUUGGCUGGUGAUCGUAGCGGUCCUUGUGCUUGACCAUUUCCUUACCAGGCUUUUCCCAAGGGCUUUUCCUCACAACCUUAUUAUUAUCCUCAUAUUCGGCGAUUCCCUGCCCGAUCACCACCAAACUCGUUGGACCCGGUUCUACUGUUUUGCCUGUACCGUCCUGUUGUUCCUCUUUACUGAAGCUUACCUGGCCAAGGCCAUGCUGUAUAUGACCGUGACCCGCUACACAUCGAAUAUGCGUACCCUCGCCGAGGCCAUCGAAAGUUGA